AUGAGCAGCACUACUCUAUCUUCGGUUCCACCACAAGAUGCAUGGACUCUCACUUCCCACAAUCUGCUCCCUCGCUGGAUUCCCGUUUCCCUCUCUCGCCAGUCAAGGAUCCCAAUUUCAAUAUCGAGAGUUAACCAAGUUGAUGCUGCAAGAUUGGACAUUGAAAUGUCUGCCAUGUUGAAAGAACAGUUGGUUAAAGUAUUUACUUUGAUGAAGCCAGGAAUGCUAUUUCAGUAUGAAGCUGAGCUUGACGCUUUCCUUGAGUUUCUUAUUUGGAGAUUCUCAAUUUGGGUGGAUAAACCAACUCCUGGCAUUGCUCUCAUGAAUUUGAGGUAUAGAGAUGAGCGUGCAGUUGAAUCAAGGGGUAAAGUUAGAACUGGUCUGGAGGGACCUGGACUCACCGUUGCUCAGAAGCUUUGGUAUUGUGUUGCCACUGUUGGUGGUCAGUAUAUUUGGGCUCGCUUACAAUCAUUCUCAGCAUUUCGUAGGUGGGGUGAUACUGAGCAGAGACCAUUGGCACGACGAUUAUGGAUCUUGAUACAAAGAAUAGAAGGGAUCUAUAGAGCUGCUUCAUUUGGAAACCUGUUGAUAUUUCUUUGCACGGGAAGAUACCGAAAUCUUAUUGAAAGAGUCUUACAAGCUAGGCUUGUAUAUGGGAGCCCAAAUAUGAACCGGGCUGUUAGCUUUGAAUAUAUGAACCGACAAUUAGUUUGGAACGAAUUUUCGGAAAUGUUACUGUUGCUUCUUCCUCUUCUUAAUUCAUCAUCUGUGAGAAAUCUUCUUUGGCCUUUUUCUAAGGAUAAAUCAUCAAAUUCGUCUGAGGAUAGCACUGCAUGUCCCAUUUGCCAGGCUACUCCAAUCAUUCCUUUUGUUGCUUUACCGUGUCAGCACAGAUAUUGUUACUAUUGUCUGCGGACGCGAUGCGCUGCCGCUUCAUCAUUUAGGUGUUUGAAGUGCAGCGAGCCAGUUGUUGCAAUGCAACGCCAUGGUGGUGCCUCCACGGAGUAA